AUGCCGACCUGCACAGCAGGGUGGACACAAUCCGAGCCGGUCCGGUCCCGGUCCGAGCCGUCGUUUGGACCGGCCGCCGGCGGUCUGGGCCGGACCGGACCGAGCAGCAUCACGGUCCUGAUUUUGAAGACCGGACCGGCGACGAAGCCCGGGCCGGACCGAGCAGACCGACCAACGGCCAUCGGCGACGACUUGCCCGGGUGCAGCGGCGAGGUCUGCGACGUGCGUGGUUGCUCUAGCGAGGUGGGCUACAUGUGUGAGCGCUGGCGGCAAGGUGUGCGCUGGGCGGCGCGGUUGUUAUUCAUGAACCGCAAGCGUUAG